UUGGCGCAACAGUGGAAUCGGGCAAGGAUUUUUUGACGCCGUAUGUUUUUCUUAAAAUAUCAGUUUAUUUACAUUGUCGGAGUUCGUCAGCCGUACGCGAUCGGCGCCGUAAUCGACAGUGGAAAUGAUGAACUCCAGUGUCGACCUGUCCCGGCGGAAUCCGCAGGAGGAUUUCGAGCUGAUCCAGCGGAUAGGAAGCGGCACAUACGGAGAUGUGUACAAGGCUCGUAAUGUAAACACAGGAGAGCUGGCUGCAAUCAAAGUUAUAAAACUGGAACCAGGUGAAGACUUUGCUGUCGUCCAGCAGGAGAUAAUAAUGAUGAAAGACUGUAAACACUCCAACAUCGUUGCCUAUUUUGGUAGUUAUCUUCGGAGAGACAAGUUAUGGAUCAGUAUGGAGUACUGUGGAGGUGGUUCUCUGCAGGAUAUUUAUCAUGUAACCGGGCCUUUGUCAGAGUCACAGAUAGCCUACAUGUCACGGGAGACCCUGCAGGGUUUAUACUACUUGCACAAUAAAGGCAAGAUGCACAGAGAUAUAAAGGGAGCCAACAUUCUCUUGACAGACAAUGGUUACGUUAAACUAGCUGACUUUGGUGUAUCAGCUCAGAUCACAGCGACUCUUGCCAAAAGGAAGUCGUUCAUUGGAACGCCUUACUGGAUGGCUCCAGAGGUAGCAGCUGUUGAGAGGAAAGGAGGCUACAACCAGCUGUGUGAUAUCUGGGCAGUGGGCAUUACUGCAAUAGAGCUGGCAGAACUACAGCCACCUAUGUUUGACCUGCACCCGAUGAGGGCUCUGUUCCUAAUGACUAAGAGUAACUUCCAGCCUCCAAAGUUGAAAGAUAAACAGAAUUGGACAAACAAUUUUCACCAUUUUGUCAAACUAGCCCUAACCAAGAACCCAAAGAAGAGGCCCACAGCUGAGAAACUGCUGCAGCACCCGUUCGUGUCCCAGCCUCUCAGUCGGACGCUUGCGAUCGAGCUGCUGGACAAAGCUAACAACCCCGACCACAGCACCUACAAUGACUUUGAUGACGACGACCCUGAACCUGAGUCUCCGGUCUCCGUUCCUCAUCGUAUCCGUUCUACCAGCAGGAGCACCAGGGAAGGAAAGACCCUGUCUGAAAUUAACUUUGGCCAGGUGAAGUUUGAUCCUCCCUUGAGAAAGGAGACUGAACCUCAUCAUGAGCCGUGUGAUUCUGAGCCCUAUCUGGACUGUGUUGAGGAGCUCUACUAUACCGCGAGAUCUAAUCUGGAAUUGCAGCUGGAGUAUGGUCAGGAUUCACCAAGUCUUCUGGGAGAAAACAAGAGCCUCCUCAAAUCAGUGGAAGAGGAGCUUCAGCAGAGGGGCCAUGUGGCACACUUAGGGGAUGAUGAGGAUGAGGAUGAUGAUGGUGCAGAUGAUGAAACUCACACUCAUAAAUCCAGCACUAUCAUGAGGCCGAAGGUCCCUCCGCCACUCCCUCCAAAGCCCAAGUCCAUCUGCUCGUCCCAACAUCAGCCCCAUAAACAGGAUGAUAGCCAAUCACACAGCGAGGAUGAUGGCGGAGGAGGGACCAUCAAGCGCUGUCCGGUCCCAGAGACUCCGAGCCCUGCCAAGCCAGCCUCAAACGUCCCCCCGCGGCCCCCGCCCCCAAAGCUGCCGCCCCACCGUCGCAGUAGCCUAGGUAAUGGGUUGAACUCGCCCCACAAUGGCGAGAGGGAAAGUCCAGCAGAGAGGCAGUCCACCAUGCCACCUAGUGUCCCCAUAAGGAAAGACAAGAAGGACGUUCCGAAGCCUAUCAGUAAUGGUCUCCCACCUACACCCAAAGUCCAUAUGGGUGCGUGUUUCUCUAAGGUGUUCAAUGGCUGUCCACUGAAGAUCCACUGUGCCACUUCGUGGAUCAACCCUGACACCAGAGAUCAGUAUUUGAUAUUUGGAGCAGAGGAGGGGAUCUACACCUUAAAUCUCAACGAGCUGCAUGAGACCACAAUGGAACAGCUCUUCCCUCGGCGGUGUACGUGGCUGUAUGUCAUGAACAGCUGUCUUCUUUCCAUAUCCGGAAAAGCCUCCCAGCUGUACUCCCAUAAUCUUAGUGGCCUCUUUGAGCAGGCCCGACAGUUACAGAAGUUACCAGUAGCCAUUCCCACACACAAGCUGCCUGAUAAGAUUAUUCCAAGGAAGUUUGCUGUGUCCAAUAAAAUUCCAGACACAAAAGGAUGCCAAAAGUGCUGCGUAGUCCGUAACCCGUAUACAGGCCAUAAAUACCUGUGUGGAGCCUUCCAGUCUAGUGUCAUGCUGUUGGAGUGGGUGGAGUCCAUGCAGAAGUUCAUGCUUAUUAAGACCAUUGAUUUUCCAUUGCCAUGUCCAUUGGAGGUCUUUGAGAUGCUGGUGGUCCCAGAGCAGACUUACCCUCUGAUCUGCGUGGCCGUCAGCAAAGGAACCGAACUCAACCAGGUGGUCCGAUUCGGCACCGUCAACCCAAACACUACCUCCUCCUGGUUCACAGAAGCAGACACACCACAGACGUGUGUGAUCCAUGUCACACAGCUAGAGAGAGACACCAUCUUAGUCUGCCUCGACAGAUGUAUAAAGAUAGUGAACCUCCAGGGUCGGCUGAAAUCCAGCAGGAAGUUGUCAGCUGAGCUCACCUUCAACUUCCAGAUUGAAUCCACAGUUUGCCUCCAAGACAGUGUCCUGGCUUUCUGGAGGCAUGGCAUGCAGGGACGGAGUUUUAAAACUAAUGAGAUCACUCAGGAGAUCUCUGACAGCACUCGCAUCUUCAGACUACUGGGAUCAGACAGACACGCUGACUGUAGGGAUCCAGAGGCCGAGGACAGAGGCCUCACUCUGCGCAGGGUUGUGGUGCUGGAGAGCCGGCCUACAGACAACCCUACAGCCAACAGCAACCUCUACAUCCUGGCGGGCCAUGAAAACAGCUACUGAGACACACACAUGCGAGCAUAACCACAGUGUCUGAACAUCUCGUCACUUAAAGAGACAAGGGAGUUAGCAGCUGGUAGACACUUUCAUCCAACCCCCUCAGCUUAACCUCACCCAGCCUUCACCUCCUCACCAGUGUGAUUUGGAGAGGGACCGUUCAUGGGUAACAGAUGUGGACUCCUCUUUGUGCCCAUU